AUGAGCGCCAGCCACGACCUAACCGAACGCCUCGAACAGGAUGGUGAAUUCGCAGUAGAUGAAAAUCAAAUAGAGCAAGCAGCCUCACAACCUCCUCCUGUUAACAGCAACUAUCUUCCGCUGCCGUGGAAGGGUCGGUUAGGAUAUGCAUGUCUUAAUACAUAUCUACGCAAUGCAAAUCCUCCAGUUUUUUGCUCCCGGACAUGCCGCAUUGCUUCCAUACUUGAAAAUCGACAUCCUCUUCGAGACACCUCUCAGGCACGCCAUCCUACCAAAAACCGCCCAGACCGUACCAAACCUCCGGAUAUCGCCAGGGGGCAGGAAUUCGUGCAGGAGCUGGGCUUGGCGAAUACUCGGGACUUGGUGACACUGAUCCGCUGGAAUGCACGGUUUGGAAUUCGCUUCAUGAGAAUCAGCAGUGAGAUGUUCCCGUUUGCUAGUCAUGCUGAAUAUGGAUAUAAACUAGCCCCGUUUGCUUCCGAGGCGCUGGCUGAGGUAGGAAAGGUUGCUGCUGAACUCAAUCAUCGUCUCACUGUUCACCCUGGCCAGUUUACUCAACUCGGCUCUCCACGAAAAGAAGUUAUCAGUAACUCCAUCAGAGAUCUAGCAUAUCAUGCAGAGAUGUUAAACCUCUUGAAAUUACCACCUCAGAUGGAUCGCGAUGCAGUUAUUAUCCUCCACAUGGGUGGCACCUUUGGAGAUAAAGAGAGCACCCUGGGCCGGUUCAGAGAGGCCUACGCGGACUUGCCACAAGAUAUCAGAGACAGGCUCGUGUUGGAAAAUGAUGAUAUGAGCUGGACUGUCCACGAUCUUCUGCCCGUAUGCGAAGAAUUAAACAUACCUUUCGUCCUAGACUACCACCACCAUAAUAUCCACUUUGAUCCAGAUCGAAUUCGGGAAGGCACACUUGAUAUAAUGUCCCUCUAUGAUCGGAUAAGAUCAACCUGGGUAAGAAAAGGGAAAACGCAAAAGAUGCAUUAUUCCGAACCUGUCCCGGAAGCGAUAACUAAAGUGCAACGGCGGAAGCAUAGCCCGAGGGUGUCCACACUGCCGCCGUGUGAUCUAACUAUGGAUCUCAUGAUCGAAGCCAAAGAUAAAGAACAGGCUGUUUUUGAGCUUAUGAAGAUAUAUAAGCUUCCAGGAUUUGAUAAAAUCAACUCCAUCAUCCCGCAUCACAGAGAGGAUGAGAGGAAAGUUUCUAAGAAAACCCAGGUACUCACUGAUACUAGUGAUACGUCAUGGUUAGAUCCGGAAGAAAUGAACAUGGGGGGUCCAUACGGCCGGGUUUACUGGCCCCCAGGAAUGGAAGAAUGGCUCCGCCCUCAGAAGCGUAGGUUAAUACCAAAAGUUGCUGGUAAAACAGCCAAACCCCAACUUCGUGAGGCCAAGAAGAAACAAAGAGAGCCAUCCCCCGAAGAAGAGAGCGAAGACGAUUUAGCGCUGGAUACAUCAUCUGGCAGAGAACAAUCCGCGAAACGACAAAAGUUCACAGCCAAAAAUAAAGUUCAAGAUGCUCAGAGCGCCGAAAGGGUUCAUGGAAGAAGAAGGAGUGCAAGGAAAAGUGCAAGGCCCUAA